CUUUCCCCUUCCCCGGCUGCCGACGUGGGACCCGUAGCCGCGAGUGGUUGGCGGCAGCGGUGCGGGUGCGGAGCGGCAGGCAGGGAUGGGGUUGCUGCGGCUGCUGGCAGUGGCCCUCACUUGCUGCUGGUGGCCGUCGGGCAGCGAGGGUAAGACGCUGCGGGGCAGCUUCAGCAGCGCCGCGGCCCGAGACACGCAGGGCCAGCGCAUCGGCCACUUCGGGUUCCACGGUGACCAUGCUCUUCUCUGUGUCAGAAUCAACAGCGUAGCCGUAGCUGUUGGAAAAGAAGCGAAACUCUACCUGUUCCCAGCCCAGGAAUGGCUGAAGCUGCAGGAAAACAGUCGAGGUGACAGUUGUAGCGAAAAAUUGUCCAAAGCUCACUUGACAAUGACCGUGAAUCAGACUGAACAUAAUCUGACCGUGUCCCAGGUUCCGUAUCCACAAACAUGGCAUGUGUUUUAUGCAGACAAGUACACAUGCAAAGAUGACAAGGAGGAUUCUCAGGUGGAAGACAUACCAUUUGAGAUGGUGUUUCUAAACCCCGAUGCUGACGGGAAUCCACUUGAUCAUUUUAGUGCCGGAGAAUCUGGGUUACAUGAGUUCUUUUUCCUCCUAGUCCUAGCGUACUUUGUGAUUGCUUGCAUUUAUGCUCAGUCACUGUGGCAGGCUAUUAAUAAAGGAGGACCCAUGCACAUGAUUUUAAAGGUUCUGACAACCGCAUUGCUGUUACAAGCUGGUUCAGCUUUAGCUAAUUACAUUCAUUUCUCCAGUUACUCCAAAGAUGGAAUAGGGGUGCCUUUUAUGGGAAGUUUGGCAGAAUUUUUUGACAUCGCUUCCCAAAUUCAAAUGUUAUACCUCCUCCUGAGUCUGUGCAUGGGCUGGACCAUAGGCAGAAUGAAGAAGUCUCAAAGCAGACCUCUGCAGUGGGACUCCACCCCUGCAUCCACCGGCAUCGCCGUGGUCAUCGUCACGACACAGAGUAUUUUGCUACUUUGGGAGCAGUUUGAAGACACCAGUCCUCACAGCCACUAUUCCCACCACAACUUGGCAGGGACCCUUCUCCUCGUUCUGAGGGUCUGCCUAGCGCUGUCCUUAGGCUGUGGCCUCUACCAGAUCGUCGUGGUGGAGAGGAGCACGCUGAAAAGGGAGUUCUACGUCACCUUUGCCAAAGGCUGCGUCCUGUGGUUUUUGUGCCACCCGGUGCUUGCAUGUGUCUCUGCCGUGUGUAACGACCACCAGAGAGAUAAGGUCGUUACGAUGGGCGUCAUCCUUUGCCAGGCCGUCUCCAUGGUGGUUCUGUACAGACUCUUUCUGUCCCACAGCCUGUACUGGGAAGUGUCCUCGCUGUCCUCGGUGACGCUGCCGCUGGCCAUACCCUCUGGGCACAAGGGCCGGCCUCACUUCUGAUACUUGGUUUGCUUUACAGGAAGAGUGAACAGAGUGCAAUAAGGAUCCAAAUUCUGACUUUUUUUCAUACUUAUAGUAUGAAAAAUUGAACAUGGGAGGUAGAGCAGGUUAUUUAUACGACUGCAUUUAAGCAGUACCAAAACUGAAACAGGUAAUAAAUGAAAUGUUUUGAAAAAUACUGAAUAAAAUUUAAAGAAAGAGUAUGGUUAUAAGGUGAUUUAUGCAAUUUCCAUGUGGAAAUAAAGAUGAAAAGAAUUAUAUGAUAUUUUGGUAAGAGAUUCACCACUUACAAUGCCUCAUGUCAAAUAGUUAACUCAGGUUUGAGAGUCUUAUAAAAAGUAAUCAGUUAAAUGAUUACUUGCUUAUACAUAGCUAAGUCCAGCUAUGGAAUCAGUGUAGUACACUGAUCUGAACUGCUUUUUAUGCUUUAAAGAAAAUGCAUUUCACAUUGGAGUUGAAAGGAAUUGAAAAUGGCUUCAAAAUAAUAUUGAAAAGGCUUCAGAAAAUAAAUACCAGGUAUAUUGGUAGUUAAAUGAAUAAGCAUCUGUUUAUUUGUGGGUGGGGUUUUUCUCUGCUUUCUUCUAUCUCUUUGGCUCUAAUUUGGGUUUUACUUCAAUUAGCAAAGAGUUUUUGACAGUUUAUGAAAAAUAAAAUUAGAUACAUUCUGUGUGUUUUAAGGACAAAGGGUGUUAAAAUCUGAGUAUCUAGGUGAAAGGACAAGCAGGUUUACAUAUUUAAAAAGAAGAAAAGAGUACUGUGUGAUAUGUUACUAAAAUUUUAAUCCCGAUAUAAUUCAUUUCUCUUAACAUUGAAUCCCCAAUUAUAAUUAAGCCAUAUACACAGAUUAAAUUAACAGAAACACUUCACAUAAAUGUUGGUUUCAGUCAUCAACUACCCACAAAUUCCUGCCCAACGAUACUUAAUCAGGAUUAAAUUUUCUAUGAAUAAUUGAAAAACAAAAUACUCACUGGAUUUGUUCUAAUCCGUAUUGGCACUGGACUCCAAGUAGUUGCCAUCUUGAAACUUCUGUAAUAAAGCCACAUCCUUCUGUGCGUGAUGCCCAGCACGGAGUGUGGGGCGAAGUGCCCUCUGCCCAGUGCCUGUGGGGGGACUCGCUGGCUGGUUGUGGGUGCCUGCUGUACAGAGUGAGCUUUCCCAUUAGUGACUGAUGGGAAGUGACUCUGUUUCCGGCUGUGAGGUUGUUCGGGUCUUUUCAUUUUUACCUCUGGCUUGUUUUUUAAAACGUCUUAAAUCUACUUUCAGAGGCAUUAUAUUUUUAAGUAAUAAAUGGUGCGCUGAUCUGGUCAUUAAACUUUUUAAUUAAAUAGUGAAAAUAAUGUAGCACAACUUAAAAAUAUCCAUGGCUACCUUGUUUGCCCUGACACCUGGUCUUACUGGAAAUGAAUAGUAUUGUAUCAUUUUAUAGGCGAAAAUGUAUUUAUUUUUGAUUAGUCACUAGCAAAAUGUCAAAGCGACAAAGUUCAGCCUGCUCAUUAAAUCAUCUCUAGCAGUUCUUUGUAAAUUAGCUAACACAUGAGAGCUACAGGUUGAGACUAGAAGUCUGGGGUAUAUUUUAGGCUUACGUGAUCUGCCGAGUGGUCAUGACCUUUUCUUUGCCCACUAAUAACACCGGUUCUUGUCUCUUGUGUCCAACUGAAGUGCAGUUCAUUUCAGCUGAUAAAACAAGGGAAGGGUUUUCAUGAAUUUUGUGAACUUGCAACAAUGGGAAGGGACUGAUGUUCAUGUUACCUUACAAAGAACAUAGAAACUGUAAUCAGUAUAUAUGCAAUAUAGUCCUGUGCUUGCAUUUAGGAAACUUUAACAGGUGUUUUUACUUUAUUUUUUAAUUUAUGGUUGAAUUUGCCGAUAAUUUAUUUUGUUAUUCAAGAGCCAUUGUUAAAUGAAGUAAAACAAUUUACUUGUUCGUGAUUAAUGUAUAAAAGAGUUGUUAAUAAAG